AAACCCCGGGACCCGUCCGCGCCAUGGCCGCCCCGCCGCAGCUGCAGGCGCUGCUCCUGGCUGUCAACGCACUGCUGCGCAAGCGCCGCUACCACACCGCGCUGGCCAUGGUCAAGGGCUUCCGGAACGGAGUCGUCUAUGGGGCCAAAAUCCGGGCCCCACACGCGCUGGUCAUGACCUUCCUCUUCCGGACUGGCAGCCUCCGGGACAAGCUGCGGGCCAUCCUGCAGGCCACGUAUACGCACUCCAGGAACCUGGCCUGCUUCGUGUUGGCCUACAAGGGCCUGUGCGCCCUGCAGUCCCGCGUGCAGGGCGAGACCCACCAGAUGCACCCUUUCCUGGCCGCCUUCCUCGGGGGCUUGCUGGUGUUUGGGGAAAACAACAACAUCAACAGCCAGAUCAACAUGUACCUGCUAUCACGCGUCCUGUUUGCCCUGGGCCGCCUGGGUGUGGAGAAGGGCUAUAUCCCCGAGCUUGGAUUCCACCCCUUCCCGCUGCUCACCGGGGUUGUGUGGGGGCUGGUGAUGUGGCUCUUCGAGUACCACCGGCGCACGCUGCAGCCCUCCCUGCAGUCCUCCAUGACCUACCUGUACGAAGACAGCAACGUGUGGCAUGACAUCUCAGACUUCCUCAUCUACAACAAGAGCCAGCCCUCAGAGUGAUGGGGCCCCAGGUGCUCAUGGGGGCUUCCUCACCUGAGCAGAAGAAAUGUACACACGAAUCGCUGGGGAUCUUAUUAAAAUGAAGAUUCUGA